AAACUGAGGCUUAAACAACGUGCCUAGGAGGCCACAGAUGUUGCAACAAACCACAGCAGUAUUAGCAGGACCCAUGAUGGUGUCACUGACAGAAUUACAGGUGCCCCAGGGAAGGUGUGGAGACACAGACUAUCUCCAGACAGCAGUGGCUGCAGGAGGAAGAUGAUAAAGCAGCAGUCACUUCAUUCUGCUGGUUCAAGACCAUGGACAUCAAGGAUGGCAGCUGGGCAGCUGUGCCAGCCAACUGCUCCCUGGCACCUCUGCAUCCAUCAGGGAGGCCAGGGCUUGGAGAGUGACCAACCACCAGCUGUCUGCAGCCAUGUCCUCUCCCCAAGUUUGGGAUGAAUGCGCUUCUCCUGUCUGCCUGGUUCAGCCACUUACGGAUCCUCCAGAUCCUGGUCAACUCCGGGGCCAAGAUCCACUGUAAGAACAAGGACAGCCUGACCUUACUGCACUGCACAGCCCAAAAAGGCCAUGUGCCAGUGCUGGCGUUCAUAACAGAGGAUCUGGAGGACAUGGCCCUGGACCACGCUGACAAGCUGGGAAGGACAGCAUUUCAUCGGGCUGCAGAGCACGGGCAGCUGGAUUCUCUGGACUUCCUUGUGGGCUCUGGCUGUGACCACAGUGUCAAAGACAAGGAGGGGAACACAGCCCUUCACCCGGCCGCCCGCUGGGGCCACCUGGCCGUGCUGCAGCGGCUCAUGGACGUCAGGCUGGACCUGGAGGAGAGGAAUGCGGAAGGUCUGACUGCCCUGCACGCAGCUGCUGAAGGGAUCCACCCCGACUGUGUGCAACUCCUCCUCGGGGCCGGGAGUAGCGCGAACGCCCUCACCCAGAAAAAGCAGAGCUGCUUCCACUACGCAGCCCUCGGUGGCUCUGAGGACAUGGCCUGGGCCCUCGUCCAUGCAGGAGGAAGCACUAACGUGGCUGAUCACGUACGCGCCUCUCCUGUGCACAUCACCGUGAGGCACAACUUCCCCGUCCUGGUGCAGCUCCUUAUCGACACCGGCAGUGACCUGGACGCCAUGGAAAAUUCCCAGGACACCCCUCACCUUGCCGCCGAGCACGCCUGGCAGGACAUAGUGGGUAUUCUCCUCAUUGCUGGGGUUAACUUAAACCUGAGAGAUAAGCAAGGAAAAACCACCUUGCCAGUGGCCACCCACAUCAACCAUGUCAGCCUGGUGGAAAUGAUCAUAAAAGCCGAUUGCUUCUACAGAUGAGAGAAGGACCAGCUCUCAUGCAGGGACCUCUGUGACCCCUCUGGGAAGAGCUUGACCUUUAAGCAGGACCAUCGGCAGGAAACACAUCAGCUCCGCUCUGUGCUGUGGUGACUGGCCUCCAGGUACCUGCAGCCCCACGAGUGGAAGAAGCUGGCGUAUUGCUGGGAGUUCACCGAGGCCCACGUCCACGCCAUUGAGCAACAGUGGACAGGCACCGAGAGCUACCGGGAGCACGGGCACCUCACAGCCAGUGAGAACCCCAGCAGAGUGCUCUUCAAAGGCCUCGUCGCCAUUGGCAGGAGGGACCUGGCUGAAAGCAUCAGGAAGAAAGCAAACGAUGACUCUAGCGCCCCAAGGAGGUGCACAGCCAUGUAACUGGAGGGACUGGACAUUCAGGAGCAUGGAACCUCAGAGUGGGGGCCACUGAACAGAGGAGGACCACCGUUUAAGGGCUUAAAAAGCAAUUACUGUAAACAGACUUCCAGCUGCUUCCACUGAAACCCAUAUUAGGA